UCACUGUUCUGCUUGUGAGUCUUGUGUGAAACAAACGAGAGCGUUCACCUCAGAUAAGUUCAGCGUUUUACCUGAUACGCGUUUGUUAGCGGGCUAGAUUUACUACAGUCUGGAAAACAGACCAGCGAUAAAAGCAUUAAUGCAUCGCUGUGUGAAAUAACAGCUUUAGUCUAUUUAGGGUUAGCACAGACACAACGGUCGCUAGCUAGCGACAUAGCUAACCUAGCCUCGCUAUCCAGCUAACGUGGGCAAAGAAAUUACAUUGAUUUGGGCAAAUAAGCGCUUAUACUCGUCUAUACUCAAUAUAAGCGCUUAUAUGGUCUUAUAUACGCGUCUACACUCAAUAUAAUUUUAACUCCCACAUCGAUCAAAUAUGGAAUUCAGUGAGUUCCCCUCCACAUCAAAUGGACAGGCACUUCUGCAGAAAUGGGAAAACGGAGUAGUUGAAACGUCGUCGGAUUAUUUACUCAGUAAACGGAAACGCAGUGACCCAAAUAACAUGGACGGAAGUGCUGGCAGCAGAUGCAACAGCUCGAGUUGUGUUUCUAUUAAAGAAACAAAAAAAACAAGCAGCUUUGUCAUGAUUGAUGGUCAGAGGGGUGUAUAUUACUCCGAGACCUGGAAGCCCAACGGAGGCACUCUGUAUCUGCCUGUGAGUGGUGGUGUUUUGGCCAACAUGGCCAAGUAUGACCAAAUCAGCUUUGAGCAGGGCUGCUUCUGCAUAGGCGACGCUAUGGGGAGAUUCCAAAACAAAGCUCAAGGUCAAGCAGUCCACUGCUGGAGAUACAGCGUAGUGGAGAAGAAGCUUUUCAUCGCCCUCACUUACUUCUUCACAAACUUCCAAGUCUUCCAGGAGGUGCUGCACGCUCUAGAGUGCCUGUAAGGAGCCGUCACGUCCACCGGAUCCCAGCAAUGCAGAACUCUUCAAACAGAACCUCAGUCAUAACAACGAUCCUACAUUAUAGCACCACUCUUACAGUGUACCAGUGAUAACAGUUUAAUGUAAUGUGUAAUGGUGUAUUGAUACUCUGUAGUGACAUAAUGGAAACCAGUAUGCGUGCAUACAAGGCCAGUACAGAAGACCAGUUGCACUGUGACAGUGCUGGUGUGAGAGAUACCUGUCCUUGCUCUUCAGGGUGAGCUGUGAGCCAGCACGCAGGUCCGCUCCACCCACCUGGUGUUCAGUGUUCUUUAUUGCUAGGUUCAGACCGGUGGCACCCCAGGGGCAGGAUUGUCCCUUCGCAGGCAUCUGGACGUGUGGUCUGAAUGAUUCUGUGCAUCUGCUCUGUACAUGUUAGUAUUGUAUGGAGCAUGUAGGAGUGAGGAUGCGCGAAUACUCAGCAGUACCUCUGAGGACGACCCUGUUUGUGUACACACAACCUCAUUCACUGGAGCUUCUUUCUGUAUAAAAAAUCCAUUUUUUUAUGCUUACACCAUGUUCAGCUUUGUUUUGAAUCAACUCCACCUGCAUUUUAAGCAGGCUUUCUGCAGGAGUGUAUGUAUGCACAUAAUUUGCUUGUUUUUAAAUAUUGUCUGGGCUUCAGAGCGCUUGGUUCUGCCCUGGUACACUUGGUUGUAACAAGGACAUGUUUACAGUGCAAAGUAUGCCAGUUUUCUUACUUUUGAAUUUAAUUAAAGCCUUUUUGUAGUGGUUA